CUCUGACUGUCAAUCAAGUGUUGUUGUCGACCUCCAUGAAUACCAUGGAGGAAUAUCUUAUUCCUCCAUGAUGAAUACUAUGGACAGUCAAAACGUAACUUUUGCAUUUUAGCAAGAAAAUGAAAAUGAACAGGACUUGUGAAAUACAAGGAACAUGUAUGGACAUGAGUCCUGAACAAGAGAGGAAAAUGCGUGAGUUGCAGAUGCGACUGCAUCCAUUAGAGAUGGUUCCAGGGACAGAGGAUUCCAAAAGACCCAAAGCAGAUCCAUCAGCCACAAUUAAGGAGUACUCUAGACCUGCAGCGGGAAAAGCAGAUGCUUUUUCAUCUGACCUACGACCUCCAGACGUGUUACUCAAGACAGUUCACUACAUGAUAAGUAGGGUCGUACCUCGGACAGACUACCGCUAUGUGAAGCUGUAUGAUUUUGUGUUUGAUCGGCUUCGUAGUGUGCGACAAGACCUUGUGAUCCAGCGAGCCAUUGGAACGAGCUGUGUACAAAUUUUGGAAAUAGCUGUCCGGUUCCAUUUAUAUUCAGGAUACAGGUUAUGUACUGAACCUGUGGCGCACUAUGACAGCAAAAUUAACAGCGACCACACGCAGGAGUGCCUCAAGAGGCUCCUCAUCUUGUAUCAGAAUGCCGACCUUGAGGGCGCUCUCAUCAGCAACAACAGGGAAGAGUUUGAGGCACUGUAUCUGCUUUUUAAUCUCGGAUCCACGGAAGCACUGCAUCAUAUAAUCUGGUUACCGAAGAAAAUAAGGCAGCACCCUUCAAUAAAGCUGGCCCUCUGCAUUCACAGUGCAUAUCUGCAGGGAAACUUCUUGAGAGUCUGGAGACUAGCUUCUAAGUGUGGCUACAUACAGAGCUGUGUUCUACACAGACACCUUCAAGAGAUCCGAAGACGAACCUUGCUGAUUCUAAACACAGCCUACAGCAGUAAGAAUCUCCGGUUUCCAGUCAGCGUGUUGUCAAAGUGGUUAAUGUUCGACACGGAGGAAGAAUCAGUGGAAUUCUGCCAAUUCCACGGACUGAGAGUGGAUGAGAAAGGCGUGCAGUUCCAGAAGGGUAGUCCCACUUUUGUGGAAUCACCACAGCCCCAACCUUACAUGUGUAACAGACUGGUGGACUGCAAGCAGGGAAAGGUCAAAGUUCAUGACCUCAUCAUGGGCCACACAGAUGGAGGUCAUGGUAUUGCUAGCACAGAAGACAAAGACGGAAGCUCUGCCCAGACAUGUAGGUGAUACACAGUUCAAGCAAGGUUCUUAUGCGUGUAUAGACUCCGUGCACAAGCACCCCCUCAGUGGUUACAAAGGGAGAGUUGGAGCAGACCACUGGGAGGGACAUAUGGAAUGCAUUGUCGCCCCCGUCUGACACUGACGCAAUGCACAUCUGGAAUAAAAUAAGUCAUGCGUACUUGGAGCCAUUCGCAUGAGAACAAGUACACACAGUCGUACUUCACCAUUACCUUAGAAGACGAGGCAUUGUGUUUUCCUUUGUUCCUAUAAUAUAACACUCUCCAUAAACUAAAGUCACACACUUGCGUUCAAGGACCAUUCCCAACAAAAGAUGUACGUUUGUGCACAACAAUGAAUGUUUUGUUCUCCGUGUCUUGCAGUCUUUCGGCUGUAUGUAUGCGGUGUGUCCCUCCCAAUUGGAACAUCAAUUAUUUAACAAUUCAGGGGAUAAGUGCAAUAUUUCUUAAAGGAAUUUCGAACAAACGUUUUUCAACAUAUAGUUUGUGAAGGCCCAAUAAGACACCAGUCAAAUGCUGUGUGAGGACUUGAUUCAAAUAUGUGCUUGUUUGACCAAUGAUAUUUGCAGGCCCCAAUCUUUUUGAAAACAGAGUCUGUGUAGAAACUGUACAUUUUCAAAAGGCAUUUUUCACCCCACAAAAGGUCCAACAGUGAUCAGAAAUGGCCAACACACCUGGUACGCCUUGUUUACUUUAUUGAUGCUCCGUGGAUAUUUAUUACAUACAAUAAACAUCAAGUGUUACACAAACAUAAUAUUGGUUGUUAGUCUACACAGAUCUGUAAAUAACUGUCAGUUGACAAAGUUACAGUUAACUUAAAAAAAUUACACUAUUUAUAUAAUACAACAUGCAGUUUGUUGCAUGAUUUCUGGGACACUAGCAGAGUAGGGUUGAGUUUGAUUUAUGCUUAUACUUGAAUGCGUGACAAAUAUUGUUAUCUCCAACCAUACUUGAAUCCUCGAUCCUUAUUGGUCAAACCAUGGCAACAAUGGUUGGAUAUUAUCUCAUAUACCACAGUCCAUAUACCACGGUCCAUAUACCACGGUCCAUAUACCACAGUUCAUAUACCACGGUCCAUAUACCACGGUCCAUAUACCACAGUUCAUAUACCACGGUCCAUAUACCACAGUUCAUAUACCACGGUCCAUAUACCACAGUUCAUAUACCACCCCACGUUAUUCUAAGAUGUGUGUGUCAUUCCUGCUGCACACUUGUGUAAUAGGAUAACUGCUGCUGUUUCAUCUUUAAAUUGUGUCAAGUUUGCUUAAAGUAAUUUGCUUUCCCCCGUGCGCUUGUGGAACAUGACAAAUGUAGUGCAUCUGCGUGCCACACUUCGGCCUCUCGACAUGUUGGACACGGACGCACUACAUUAUCAAGUGUUCACUUGCACUCGUGAGAUAACUAACAGUAGACUAAAUCGUUAAAUGGUAUGUGAAAGUUUUGCUGAUUGUUUACCAAAUCAAAUGGCAGGCCACAAAAACUGAUUUCAUUCAUAAAUGACUCUUCAGUUGAUCAUUGUGAGGUAGGAUGUCACAUGGCCCGUGCAGAAACCAAUCACAAUUUUAUAGUGUUGAUGAACAUUUUGGUGCGCAAACACUAACAUAUAACUUUUUUAUGUUUAAAACAUUAUUACUAAUAAUGUUGUAAAGUUAAUAUUAUACAAUUACAAAUGUAUUUUCCAAGACACACCUUGGCAAGUUCGAUACAAAACAGCUGACAUGUUGAUACUGUUUGUAAGCAUUACUUUAUACGGGCAGCAAAAAAGCUGGGAUUUUAAUAUUUUAUUAUGCAUAAAACCCAAAGUAUAACAUGGAAAAUAAGAACUAACACGCUACAGUUUAUAAAAUUGCUACGAAACUUUAUACAAAUGUAGAUUAUAAAGCUAUAAAAAUUCGCAUUUCAUAAACUUUUUAUGGCCGUAUACAUUUUAUUACAAAGGUUUUAUUUUUUUUUAAUAAACAUGCAGAGUCAACUACUGUUCCCUUUAAACAUUUUGAACCCGUAAUUUACAAUCGAAUCACUAUCACAACUUGUGUUAUAAAUAAAGGCAUUUUAACAAAGCAGUCAUUGUGGUCAUUUUCUAUAAAGUUUCCAAGAGUGAAUAAAAUUCAAAAGAGAAAUUGGUGGAUAACAAAAUUGUCAACAAA